UUCGGAUAUUUGAAGGUCGACAAAUGGAGUACAGUCACUUUGAGCGCCUCUAAUCAAAACAAAAUCUCUUUUUCCCUUUCAUUUUAUUUUUUGGACUUUUCAUUUUUCAUAAGCCUCUCUCUCUCCUUUCCCCCCCCCCCCUCUCUCGUCAAUCGGAGGACUGGAAGGCUGGAAGCUUCUCUCUGCUCGAUCACCGGUCGAGAAUCGGCUCUGACCUUUCGGCUUCAGCGGGGUGGUUGCUAAGAUUUUGAGGUCAGCAAUUCCCGACGAAGCUUCGUCAAGACGACUUGAAGAGGAAGCAAAAGAGUAUUAAGACUUUGAGCUGGAGAUGGAUACAGCCUCUUCAUAACCCACAUCUACUGGGGAAGCGUAGAAAUUGAAGCGAUGCCAAAGCACCGCGUGGGGGAGUCAAUUAAGUCCUUAUUUGGAAGUCACAUCAAUUCACAGAAGCAUGAAGAGCUGAAAGGAACUAAAAUAGGUAUUGAGGAGAAGGUGAAUAAAAUAUUGAAGCUUCUAAAAAAUGAAGAGCUUGAAAAAGUUGACAUCCCAGUAGAGAACUCCAAAGCGGAACCUCUCGCUGAGCUAAUUCAGGAUUUCCACAAGGAUUACCAAUCACUGUAUGCACAAUAUGAUGAACUAACCGGAGCGCUGAAGAAAAAAGUUCGGAGCAAACAAGAAAAGGACAACAGCUCUUCAUCAAGUUCAGACUCAGAUUCCGAUCAUUCUUCAAAUGAAAAAAGCAGUAAAAAUGGAGUGAUGGAAAGUGACUUUCAGAAAAUAACUGAUGGGAUGAAGCAGGAACUUGAAUUGGCACAUCAAGAAGUUGCUGACCUGAAGAGGAGAUUGACAGCUACAAGUGAAGAGAAGGAAGCUUUAAGCUCAGAAUGUGCAGCGGCUUUGACCAAGAUAGAAGAAAAGGAGAGUGUUGUUAUUGACUUGAAGACUGCAGCUGAAAGGUUAGAUGCCGAAAAAUCACUACUUUUGGUCGAGAAUGGUGAGCUAAAACAAAAACUGGAAGCUGGUGGAAAGAUAGAAGCUGAAUUGAUUCAAAAAGUGGAAGAUGUGGAAGGAGAGAGAGAUAACUUGAUUAAGGAGAAAGAGACAGCUCUGAGAACAAUUGAAGAUGGAGAGACUAUUACAGCGGAAUUAAGAACCGUGAUUGAUAGGCUGAAAGAUGAAAAAGUAACCCUUGAGCAAGAACUAGAAUCUGUUCGAGGGGAAGUCAUCCAUAUAAAGGAGAAGCUGCAAUCUGCAGAAGAGCAGGUAUCAGAUUUAAGCCACAAUCUGAAAGCCAAGGAGGAAGAAACCUUGAAAAUUGCAGAGAUCUCGAAUGAGAUUCAGCAGGCACAGAACGUGAUACAAGAACUCACAACUGAAUCUAGUCAGCUAAGGGAGAAAUUGGGUCAGAGGGAAGUGGAAUAUUCGGCUCUGUCUGAGAUGCAUGAGCUGCAUGAGAAGAAAACAUUGGCUCAAAUUAUGGAAUUACAGGCUGCUGUGACACGGCUGGAACUGGAGCUGGAAUCUUUGCGAGCUCAGAAAAGAGAUAUGGAAGUGAAGAUUGAGAGCACAGAAGCUGAAGUAAAACAACUGGGAGAGGUGAGUGCAGGACUGCAAGUCCAAAUUUCAGAAGUUGAGUCAAUAUCAAAUGAGAAAGCAGCAGAACUUUCUGCUCUCACGAAAAAACUUGAAGAUUACAAAAAGGGAAGUGGAAUACUCAGCUCUGUCUGA